UCAAUCCUCAACAACAUUAAUAUCCACCACAAAUACAGAGGUUUCAUCAGAUUCCAGCUCAACUUCCCCUCCACUAACUGCUCAUUUAACACAAACAUCUCCUGAUCACAAAUCUGAAACAACAUCAAUGGGGACCAGCAAUACACAGUUCCCAUCGACUAGCCAGGAAAUAUCUACAACAUUGAUGUCCUCAUCAACCGAGCAACAAUCUACACCCGUUACUGUCUAUCCAACAGGAACAAUGGAGCCAACAAUGUCAACAUCAACAUUCACCUCGAAUGGAGAAACAAGUGCUUCCAACACUGAUCAAUCUGCAACAACAAUAAUUUUCCCCACAAAUACAGAGGGUUCCUCAGGUUCUCCCUCUACAUCCCAUCCACAAACUACUCAUUUCAUACAAACAUCUCCUGAAGACAAAUCUGAAACAACACCAAUGGGGACCAGCAAUACACAGUUCCCAUCGACUAGCCAGGAAAUAUCUACAACAUUGAUGUCCUCAUCAACAGAGCAACAAUCUACACCAGUGACUGUCCAUCCAACAGGAACAAUGGAGCCAACAAUGUCAACAUCAACAUUCACCUUGAAUGGAGAAACAAGUACUUCCAACACUGAUCAAUCCUCAACAACAUUAAUAUCCACCACAAAUACAGAGGUUUCAUCAGAUUCCAGCUCAACUUCCCCUCCACUAACGGCUCAUUUAACACAAACAUUUCCUGAACAAAAAUCUGAAACAACACCAAUGGGGACCAGCAAUACACAGUUCCCAUCGACUAGCCAGGAAACAUCUACAACAAUGAUGUCCUCAUCAACAGAGCAACAAUCUACACCUCUUACUACGCUUGUUACACCAACAGGAACAAUGGAGCCAACAAUGUCAACAUCAACAUUCACCUUGAAUGGAGAAACAAGUACUUCCAACACUGAUCAAUCUGCAACAACAAUCAUUUCCCCCACAAAUACAGAGGGUUCCUCAGGUUCACCCUCUACAUCCCAUCCACAAACUACUCAUUUCAUAGAAACAUCUGCUGAAGGCAAAUCUGAAACAACACCAAUGGGGACCAGCACCACACAGUUCCCAUGGACUAGCCAGGACUCAUCUACAACAUUGACGUCCUCAUCAACCGAGCAACAUUCUACAAUUGUUACUACGCUUGUUACACCAACAGGAACAAUGGAGGCAACAAUGUCAACCCCAAUAUUUACAUCGAAAGGAGAAACAAGUACUUUCAACACUGAGCAAUCCUCAACAACAUUAAUAUCCACCACAAAUACAGAGGUUUCAUCAGAUUCCAGCUCAACUUCCCCUCCACUAACGGCUCAUUUAACACAAACAUCUCCUGAACAAAAAUCUGAAACAACACCAAUGGGGACCAGCAAUACACAGUUCCCAUCUACUAGCCAGGAAACAUCUACAACAAUGAUGUCCUCAUCAACAGAGCAACAAUCUACACCUCUUACUACGCUUGUUACACCAACAGGAACAAUGGAGCCAACAAUGUCAACAUCAACAUUCACCUCGAAUGGAGAAACAAGUACUUCCAACACUGAUCAAUCUGCAACAACAAUCAUUUCCCCCACAAAUACAGAGGGUUCCUCAGGAAUCAUCUACAACAAUGAUGUCCUCAUCAACCGAGAAACAAUCUACACCUGUUACUACACUUGUUACACCAACAGGAACAAUGGAGUCAACAAUGUCAACCCCAAUAUUUACAUCGAAAGGAGAAACAAGUACUUUCAACAGUGA